AGUUUUCAGGAGGACGGAAGGAAAACAACAUUGAUGAAAUCAGAUAUUUUGCAGGGGUUUGAGAUGAAUAUUAUCUGCAAAGCAGCUCUCAAAAUGAGCACUUUAUUUCCGGAUAGAUUGUAAUUUUGUUGGGACUGUGAGGUAACCAUAUUCAAGAUGGCUGAUUGUGUUGCAGAUGAUGUAACCGAGGAAACAACGGAAGAUGUGACAUCGGAAGUUUGUGAUGAUGUCAGUAACAGUGUUGAUGUGGAAGUCAGGAGAAAGACCAGCAGUCUGUCCGUCUGUGAAAAUGGCGACUGUUUAAGCAGUAGUGAAGACAUCAAUAAAGAUUUUGCGGAAGAUUUAGAUUUAAGUCCUCUUGCCUCCGAUCAUCUGGAUGUCGGUGUAUUGAAGAAGGAUGACAGUGGAAUUUCCAUGGAAAAAACGUCUCCGUUGGUCAGUGGUAGGGACAAUACGUCUGAUGGGGAUGGCAAUGACAGUGCUACCUUUAACGACAGUGCAACUUUUUCCCUGUGUGAAAUGACACCAGACGCCAAGCCAUCUCUGUCCUCGUCCAAAAACGAAUCAUCUCUUGAAGUUGGAUCGAAUGCCAUUAAAAUAACUGUGGAUUCUUCGGAUGAUCCAAUGGAAGAAAGUUCUGAUUUAGUUGAAAAUAGCCCAACAACCAAUGACAACGCUGACGAUGAGACAGACACAUUUAAAGAAAGUUCAGAAUCUCGUCGAAGAAGGUUACGCGUUCGUGAUCGCAGAAAUCGUAUUUCGCGUAGUGAUAGUGAUUCGGAUACAGAAGACAGUGAUGACGACGAUGAUGAUGAUGGUGCAGAUGACAGAGCUGCUACUCGUCGAAAAGCAAAACCUUUGUCAUCAGAAUCAUCAGAUGAAGAAGUAGAAGAUCAGAAAAAGCCCAGAGAAAUCUGGCAUGCAUUAUUUGAUUUGCGUAGUCGUGAAUUAGGCUAUUCCAAUAAGACUCCUCCUUCCCUUUUUCGUGAACGCGUUCAAGGUAGCCUACAUAUGGUAAAACGUUUAGAAUUACAAUAUCGUAUGGAGUGUCACGAUGGCUGUGUGAAUGCACUGAACUUUAAUAGGAUAGGAACGCUGUUAGCUAGUAGUUCUGAUGAUUUGAAUAUUGUUUUGUGGAACUGGGUACAGAAUAAACCAGCACUAGUCUAUGACAGUGGUCAUCGUAGCAAUGUCUUUCAGGCUAAGUUUAUGCCGUAUAGUGGUGAUUGUCAUGUAGUUAGCUGUGCACGCGACGGGCAAGUUCGUCUGGCCGAAUUAUCUCUAACAGGACGAUGUAAGGAAACCAAAAAACUAGCGCAGCAUAAAGGAGCAGCUCAUAAGUUAGCUUUAGAACUAGAUUCACCCCAUAUAUUUCUCAGUUGUGGAGAAGAUGCUGUCACGUAUGAAGUUGAUUUACGUCAAGACAAACCACGCAAAUUAGUUGUAACUAAGGAGAAUGAUAGUAAAGUUGGUUUAUAUUCAAUCCACUCUAAUCCAACCAAUUCGUAUGAAUUCUGUGUAGGUGGACGUGACUACUAUAUCAGAAUUUAUGAUAAAAGAAAGAUAGCCGAGAAUGUUGAAAAUGGUGUUUUGAAGAAAUUUUGUCCUCAUCACUUAGUACAUAGUACAACUAAAGCUAAUAUUACCUGUGCUUGUUAUAAUUACAAUGGAACAGAAGUAUUAGGAUCGUAUAAUGAUGAAGAUAUAUAUUUAUUCGACAAUCGAAAUUCAGAUGGUGCAGAACACAUCCACAGAUACAGCGGUCAUCGCAAUAAUGCAACAGUAAAAGGUGUGAAUUUUUAUGGGCCUCGAAGUGAAUUUAUUGUGAGUGGUAGUGAUUGUGGAUAUGUUUAUUUAUGGGAUAAAGAAACUGAGAAUAUUGUACAGUUUUUGAAAGGUGAUGAAGGUGGUGUGAUUAAUGUAUUGGAGCCCCAUCCGUUUGCACCUAUAUUAGCUACCAGUGGUUUGGAUCAUGAUGUAAAGAUCUGGUCUCCGACUGCUGUUGAUGCUACAGACCUUACAGGUCUUAAAAAGAAUGUAAAACGAAAUCGUAAAGAGAGAGAAGAAGAACGAUCAGAAGAACCAGAGAUGAUAGAUGGUCAGAUGUUGUGGUUAGUCAUGCAUCAUUUCAGACGGUCAGCUCGUAGACAGUUACGUCAGGAAGGUGGCGAGGUCUCAAGUUCCAGCGAAAACAUGGAUUCUGAUAGCCAAGAGUCAGAAGAGGAAGCAGACAGAUUACAGUGUGCUCCAUCAUAAAUUAAACUGAGGCUGUUUAUUACCAGAAAGAGGCCGUUGUCUGAAAGAUAUCCUCAUAUAAAUUAUCAAAGCAAUGAACUUGAUCAGAGAGCUUUUUUAUUUUACUGUUAAAUCAAGUUUUUACUUCACUAGAAGUUUAAAACAUUCUAGACUAUGCAGUUUAAUGUCUUGGAUCACAUAAUAAGACAGGGAGAUACACUGUAAUCCAGGUAUCAUUUAAACUUGUGUAUCUAGCACUAAUUUCUUUCACAUU